AUGCUGCCGUGUCUGCCGUCCACGCAGUAUCGAUUAUCAGUUGAGGCUUCUAGUAUUGAGGAGUUUCUGGUGGAUGCGGGGUUGUACGAGAGCCAAGACGAGGCCAUCUUGCGGGAGGAGGUUCUCGGUCGCCUCGACGAGAUAGUGAAGGUGUGGGUGAAGAGCGUGAGUCGUCGCAAGGGCUUUAACGAUCAGUUCGUAGCGGACGCCAACGCCAAGAUAUUCACCUUCGGCUCCUACCGCCUCGGGGUGCACGGCCCAGGCGCCGAUAUCGACACGCUGUGUGUGGGCCCGCGUCACGCCACCAGGGAGGAGGAUUUUUUCGGCGAGUUGCACGACAUGCUGGCGCAGCUGUCCGAGGUGACGGAGCUGCACUCGGUGCCCGAUGCGCACGUGCCCGUGAUGAAGUUCAAGUUCCGCGGCAUCUCCAUCGACCUGCUCUACGCGCAGCUCGCGCACACCGUCGUCCCCGAGGACCUGGAUCUAUCAGAGGAGGCGAUACUGCAGAACGUGGACGAGUGGACGCAGCGGUCGCUCAACGGGUGCCGCGUGACGGACCAGAUCCUCAAGCUCGUGCCCAACAUUGAGACGUUCCGACUGACACUGAGGUGCAUGAAGCAUUGGGCCAAGAAGCGAGGCGUAUAUUCCAACGUCGCGGGGUUCCUAGGAGGAGUGAACUGGGCCAUCCUGGCAGGGCGGGUGUGCCAGCUGUACCCGAAUGCAGCCCCCUCCAUGCUAGUCGCGCGCUUCUUCCGCUUCUACACGCUCUGGCAGUGGCCGCUGCCCAUCAUGCUCACCAUCAUCGACCACGGCGUCAUGGGCUUUAACUUUCCCAUCUGGGACCCCAGAAGGAACCCGCGCGACGCGCUGCACCUGAUGCCGAUUAUCACCCCCGCGUACCCGUGCAUGAACAGUAGUUAUAAUGUCUCGGAGAGCACGCUGCGGGUCAUGAAGGAUGAGUUUCGGCGCGGGAAGGAGAUUUGCGAUCGGAUUGAAGGGGCGGUGGGAGGAGGGGGAGCGGCAGGGGGAGCCGGGGGAGCAGCGGGGGGAGCAGCAGGGGGAGGCGCGGGGGGAGGGGGGACGGGGGAGCAGAGGGCGGAGUGGGCGGAGUUGUUUGAGCCGUUUGCGUUCUUUGAGGCGUACAACCACUACUUGCAGAUCGAUAUCAGUGCUGCCAGCGAUGCCGACAUGCUCAAGUGGAAGGGCUGGGUGGAAUCAAGACUGCGCACGCUCGUCACCAGGAUCGAGCGGCAUACAGACGGGCUGCUGCAGUGCCACCCGCACGUGUGCGAAAUCCACGACCCGGCCCGCUCCUACCCGCACUGCCUCUUCUACAUGGGCCUGCAGCGCCGCGCCCCCCCCACUCCCACCCCCACCACCCCGGGCACCCCCGGCGCUGAGGACGGCGGGAACGCCGGAGGGGGAGCGCGGGAGUUUGACAUCCGGUACACGGUGGACGAUUUCAAGAGCACGGUGGAGAGCUUUCAGAUGUGGCGCGAGGGCAUGGGGAUCGACGUGCUGUAUUUGAAGCGCAAGCAGCUGCCGCUGUUUGUCUUCCCGGGCGGCGUGAAGCCGCGACGCGCGUCCCGAGGGGGGAAGGGGUCGGGGAAAAAGGAGAAGGGGGCGGGAGGGGUGUCGCCUGCGAAUGGAGGGGGGCGGGUGUUGGGGAAGCGAGGGGCGGAGGAGGGCGGGGAGCAGGGGGAGGCGAAGAGGGCGCUCACACCUGCUGCUGCUGCUGCUGCCGCUGCUGUUUCUGCGUCUGCUGCUGCGGCUGCGGCGGCUGUGGGGGCUGCUGUGGGUGGUGUGGCAGCAGGAGCAGGAUUGUCGCCCGUGUCCCCUGCUCUUGUGGCUGUGGGUGCUGCUGGUGGUGUAGCGGCAGAAGGAGGCGAUGUGGUGGGGAGAGGGGCGGGUGGAGGGGUGGAGGGUGCGGGGGGAGCAGAGGUGCCGCAGGCAGGAGCAGCGGCAACACGCGUCACUGGCAGCCUGGACGAACUGGAGGUGGCCAAGCCUCUGUGUCCCACCGUCGCCAGCCUUGUUCCACGCUCCUCUGCUUGCCUUUUCCCUGCUAUUGCCACCUCUCUUCCCUCUUUCCCUACCCCGCUCCCUUCUCCCCCCCUGCCAUCUGCCUUUCCCCCCCUGUCUCUCUCCUGCCAUCCUGCACUCCCCCAACAGGCGGUGCUGCCAGGGGCAGCGCAUGGCAGCAUGAGGCAGGAGGCACGGCCUCGACCCACUCUCAAGUGCGCCCCUGGCACCCCCGCCGCCCGCUCACCUGCCUGGCCCCUCACCUUCCGCCUGCAAGUUUUAUCGUGUGCUUGGCUGGUCGAGUGGGACGAACCUGAGGCAGCAGCAGGUUCGGCAGCAGGGACUAGUGUGAUGGUUCUGCGUGGUGGUGGUCCUUACACCUACCGUACACGCUGUCAACGUAUGGUUUCAUCUUGGAUGCGGCAAGCUUGGGACUAA